CCCCACAGCCCCCCAGUUCGCUCCGGUUUCGACGGGGACGGUGGCAGCCGGCGGGGAAGCGGGAAGAGAUGCUGCCCUCGCCGAAAAAGCCAAGCGCGGGAGGUCGGCGGAGAGAAGCAGCGCCUGGCACCAGCCGAUGCUGACAUACCCCCCCCAGAAGUGCCGGACCCCCCAGCUUCCAUCCCAGGGCUCUCAUCCCGCCAUGCCCCAGCGAAGCCACGACCCCACCGCCCGGGGCUCCCCAACCCAUCCCACGUGCCACCGGUCCAUCCACCCCGCGCCAUGAGCGGGGCCGUGCGGUUCCCCUGCGUCGGGGCGCGUAGCUGAGGGAUGGCCUCGCUGGACCUGCCCUACCGGUGUCCGCGGUGCGGGGAGCACAAGCGCUUCCGCAGCCUCUCCUCGCUGCGGGCGCACCUGGAGUACAACCACACUUAUGAGACCCUCUACGUCCUCUCCAAGACCAACAGCAUCUGCGAUGCCGCCGUCUUCCCCCUGGCCGCCGACGGGGCUCUGCUGACGCCGGCCGCCCGGCGGGACUACUUUGAGAGCACCUCCUUCCAAGGCAAGGACCAGCGCUUCUCCUGCGACCUCGUCCCCGCCGAGGAGCUGGAGCCGGCCCCGUCCUCCUCCCCCUCGCCCCGCUAUGUCCACGAGAUCGAGAUCCCGCUGACGGAGAUCUUCACCCGGGGAAAAGCCGUGGCGCCGGCCCCCGCGCCGCCGGCCGCUAUGGACGCUGCCUACGAGGAAGGCUUGGCCCGCCUGAAGAUCCGCGCCUUUGAGAAGCUGGAAGUGGACAAGCGGCUGGAGAAGCUGACGGAGGAGGUGGAGCAGAAGAUCGCCUCGCAGGUGGGCCGGCUCCAGGUGGAGCUGGACCGUAAGAGCUCGGAGCUGGAGAAGGCCAAGCAGGAGAGCCUGCGGCUCAGCCGGGAGAAGCAGGAGCUGGAGGACCGGGCAUCCGAACUGUCUCGCCAGGUAGACGUCAGCGUGGAGAUGCUGGCCUCCCUCAAGCAGGACCUGGUGCAGAAGGAGCAGGAACUCACCCGCAAGCAACAGGAGGUGCUGCAGAUCGACCAGUUCCUGAAGGAGACGGCCGCCCGCGAGGCCAACGCCAAGGUCCGCCUUCAGCACUUCAUCGAGGAGCUGCUGGACCGGGCGGACCGGGCCGAGAAGCAGCUCCAGAUCAUCAGCAGUAGCUGCGGCACCACUCCAAAUGGCAGCCUGGGACGCUGUGGCACGCCGGGGGCCAAGGCCGCCGGCCGACCGGUACCUCCGCGGGCACAGGCACGGGCACCCCAGCGGCUUCGGGCAUGCACCCAUGUGGCUUCUCUGAUGGCUAGAGACCGGCACCCGGGGCCGGGGGUGGCCGUGCAUGGUCCUUACGGCGUGUCCAACCAGCGCUCCUCCUCCAGCACCGGGGCCUCAAGCCGUGCGAAAGCCGUGUCGCAGAGCUCGGGCUGCUACGACAGUGACAGCGCAGAGCCGUGUCCCACCGAUGACACCGCCGACGGGCAUCCCUACCCGGCGCGGGACGGCGCCCGGGGCUCGGGGUUGCGUCGGCAAGCCAUCCAAAACUGGCACCGCCGGCCCUACCGCAACAGCACCGAGGGCGAGGAGGGUGACGUCUCCGACGUGGGCUCCCGCACCACCGAGUCGGAGGCCGAAGGCUGGGAGCCGGAGGCACCCGGAUCCGCCGCAUCCCGACCCACCGGCAGCUGCCGGCUGACGGUGGCAACCGAUGGCGGGUGUCCCACAGCCAGGACCGAGGGGGCCGGGGGCAAGGUGGGACGGCUGGAGAGGGGCAGCCCGGGCCACUCCAGCGAGGUGAUCAGCCCCGAGAUCCUCAAGAUGCGGGCGGCUCUUUUCUGCAUCUUCACCUACCUGGACACCAAGACCCUGCUGCGGGCGGCCGAGGUGUGCAAGGACUGGAAGUUCGUGGCCCGGCACCCGGCCGUGUGGACGCGGGUGCUGCUGGAGAACGCCAGGGUGUCCUCCAAGUUCCUGGCCAUGCUGUCUCAGUGGUGCACCCAGAUGCACUCCCUCACCCUCCAAAACCUCAAGCCGCGCCAGCGAGGGAAGAAGGAGAGCAAGGAGGACUACAUGAAGAGCACGCGGGGCUGCCUGGAAGCCGGGCUGGAGUCCCUGUUGAAGGCGACGGGCAGCAACCUGCUCAUCCUCCGCAUCUCACACUGCCCCAACGUGCUGACGGACCGCUCGCUUUGGCUGGCCAGCUGCUACUGCCGGGCUCUGCAGGCUGUCACGUACCGGAGCUCUACGGACCCCGUGGGUCAUGAAGUCAUCUGGGCCCUUGGAGCAGGUUGCAGGGACAUCAUCUCCCUCCAGGUCGCACCUUUGCAUCCGUGCCAGCAGCCGACGCGUUUCAGCAACCGCUGCCUUCAGAUGAUCGGACGGUGCUGGCCGCACCUGCGGGCACUGGGCAUUGGAGGGGCAGGCUGCGGCGUCCAGGGACUGGCGUCCUUAGCCCGAAACUGCAUGCGGCUUCAGGUCCUGGAGCUGGACCACGUGGCAGAGAUCAACCAGGAGGUCGCGGCGGAGAUGUGUCGAGAGGGGCUGAAGGGGCUGGAGAUGCUAGUGCUGACCUCCACGCCAGUCACCCCCAAAGCCCUGCUGCACUUCAACAGUGUGUGUCGGAACCUGAAGUCCAUCGUCGUGCAAGUGGGCAUUGUGGACUACUUCAAAGAGCCCCACAGCCCUGAAGCCAAGAAGAUGUUUGAAGAAAUGGUGAACAAACUCCAGGCCCUGAGGAAGAGACCUGGCUUUUCCAAGAUUUUACACAUCAAAGUGGAAGGAGGCUGUUAGACCUUCAGGGAACCACAAAGCACAUUCCCUCCUCUGCCCGGCGGAGCCAGAGGCCCCGUGAAACCAAACCUACCGUCCGCCGCUCAUCCGUUGCCGGACCUGGAGCACGGAGAUGCCGGCCCAUGCACAAAAAACCCAAACUUUUGCAGGCCUUAGUGACUGGCGGCCGGUGCUCAUCCCCGGGGCCAGCUCACGGGCGAGAAGGUGCUACUUAAGGAAAUUUUUUGGCUGCCCAAAGAGGCAGGGCUAUGCUCUUUCCCAGGAGGGAAGAUGGCUUCGAAACACCCGCGGCUGCUCGUUGCCAAGGAUCCUUGUUUGGGGGAUGUCUUUUUCUUCAAACUCUCUUUCGGGGGGGUUUUUUGCCUGUUUGAUGGUGUGGGAGAUGAGGAUGGCUCAGCCCGUCCCUGUGGGCUCUUUGCAGAGUGCUGGGCUCGGCGUCACUGCGUCACGGCUGGAUCAUACCCGUCCUCUCCAUGGGCUGGUGAAGGUGGGGUGGGAAGGGGUCGUUCCUCCAGAGAAAAUGGUGCCCAGCAUUCCUGCAGGGUUUCCGCUUGUUUUCAUUUCAUUUGUAACAGAGGGGCACCCAAACCUGGGCAAAUACUGCCCAGAAACCAGCAGCCACGACAGCACAAGCCCAGACGGCAGAGCUGCAUCUCGGGGGCUGUAGGAGCCAGAGGACACCAGGAGAGAUGGUCGCUCUUCCAGAGGUUUCCAGCCUCACCUCCUCUCCACCCAAACCUUCCUGCCAAGGCAAUAAACCAUCUCCACAAUCCUCGUCCACCAGGAAACACGGGUCAUACUUCUGUCCCCACCAACAUCCACCACCUGCUCAGGCUUCCUCCGGAGCGAGUUGUCCCAUGCGGAAAGAGGGACUGGCAUGGGACGCCCGCGUUUGCCAUCUCAUCACCUUCCCGAGCAGCCUGAAGGAGAAACCCUGGCCAAAUUGUCCUGAAAUCCAAAGCUGCUGGUGAAAGCACCAACCCAACCGCCCUGGUAGAUCCCUUAUCUAUGGCCACGGCUGUUUUCUUAAUUCUGCUUUUUUCUUCUGGCUGUCUUCUGCCUGCAAGGACAUCAUCGCCCCCAAAAUACCCUUCUUUUUUUCCAAAGGAAAAGGCUUUUGAAAGGCAUCCGGCAGGGUCAGGCAUCUCCAUCUUCCACCCUGGGGAAGAAGGUGCCAGGAGGUGCCCACGCCAUGGGGGACACCCAUCACAGCACUGCCAGCAGCAGGGACACACCGGCCUUAACCACAGCCCCCUGCCACCCCCAGCCCCGACCAGGCGUGCUUGGACCCAACAUGCUGAGCUGAGAGGAGCCGACUGAGAAAAGCAGAUUUUGGGGGCGUUUGUCCUCUUCUCUGGACCAUCGUUGGAGGUUUCGAUGCCUGUUGGCCAGCAUGGCUGUGAGGAGACGGCCCUUCCCAGGGUAUCUUCCCUUUCUCCAGCCCUCCCGGGGUGAUGGGCUGCCCUGGAGCAUCCCCCCAGGAGGGAGAAGGCUGCAGACCUAUCCUGGUACCACCUUCCUCAUCUACGGCACGAGAGCUGCAGACCUCAGCCGGGCCCUCCCAGCAUGCCGACAACCCACGGGGACCCCGACAGAAAAUCAAAUCGAUUCCAAACCGCUGAAGCUGCUGGUGGGCUGGAGGCAGCUCCUGGGUCUCCAACCCCAGAAAGCACCUCAGGAGACCAUUUCAUCCACCCUUCGUCCCAUCUACGCUGUCACCUCUGAAACAGGGUAGGGUUUUUUUGGCCAUAACCCCCCAUCUGAAGCACCUCCGUUCCCCCACUGACUGCAGCUUUCCAGGAGAAGGCUGUUCCCUGUAUGCACAAAAUGUGGGAGCCCAAAAAAAACGCCUGCGAGAAACUACCGCGUCCCACCAUGACCCCACGGGCAGCAUUGGACGAACUCCCCGGCACUGGGAAGGAGCUCCCCGCCGUGCCCGCCGCGGGUUUACCUCCACCCCGGGGAGGCUGGGACACGCAUAAUCCAGGGGCAAGAGGAGCAAGGGAUGCCCCGACCAGCAAAAAAUAUCACCCAGCAAAGCUACAACCCCCCGGGGACCACCCGGCGUCCAUCCCACAAGCGUGGUCCCAGCGGAGAUGUCACCAUUCGAAACAGCGCAGAGACUUGCGAAAUUCCCUUAAAAAAAAAACAACAAAGUAAGUAUUUAUUUCUAUAAAGAAGGAAAAAAAAAAAAGAUUUUAAAGGAAAAUUAUAUACUCAGCAUGUUUAUACACUCUAUGCUUAAAGACUAUCGUGUUGGAGAGUUGUGUCCGAAGACUGAAGGUGGCUGCUCCGGGUUUGCUGCUAGCCCGUCUCCAGCCCCUCGCCCGGCUCCUCCGGGCCAUGGGGAAAGCGAGGACGGGGUGAUGGAAAGCAGGGGGAGGUGUUGAGGACUUUUGGAGAAACCUUCUGUGCUCGCCAGCGAGGCCGGAGCGGCUGCCGGUGCCAUCGGUGGCCGUGUCUGCCGGUGGCCGUGGGUGUGCGGCGUCCCUGUCCCCCCGCUGCCGCGAGGGUUUUGUAAGUCACGGCAGGACAACCUCACCCGAAUUUGGUGCUUCGGUGCGUCACCCAGACCAGACCAAACCAUCCGCCUCCCCUUGGGGCGUUCCCAAAAAGUCCAACUUCUGGCUUAGCAGAGCCAGGUUUUUACAAAAAAAUCCUGCGAUGACACAAGACCUUGAGCGGGUUCAAGGAUUAGAAGAUGGAAAGUGGCGGUUUUUUUCCCAUUUUGCCUGGGCUCGGAUGUGUCCCUUCCUCCUCCUCCUCCUCCUCCUCGGCUGGGGAUGAAGGUGGCUGGCACAGUGAGACAGGCUUGGUGGUAAUGAGAGCCCUGCGUCUCCCUGGCCCUCCCGGUGGCUCCUAAUUGCCCAGGUUGUUAACGGCAAUGAGCUCAUUAACGGCUGCUUAUUUCUUCCACUGAAAUGUCAUAUUGAUGGUUUCCCUGCUGCUUUUCCUCCCCAUCCCGCCGGCACGUGGCCCUGUUGGCUCUCCCACAAACCCCCAUCCCUACGGGAUGCUCGAGCGAUGCUGCCUGUGGGAUUCACCGCAUCGGUCAUGGGGUUUCAACCCCAUUUCCUCUGGAAACGAUGGAGAUGCACAGAAAUACCAAAUCCCCUGGGAACGCCUUGAAAUCACGCAGGGUAUUUGGGUGCUGGUAGGGAAGGGACUGCCGCAGCGUGAGCUCAACCCCAUACUAGACCCUAGAGAAGCCCCAGAGGGGCUCCGCGAUGACAAUCCUCAGCAAAAGCCAAGGCA